AAGGGAGUAAAAUUUAGAGAAUAAAAUUUGAAGUUUCAUGAAUUGAAAUCUAAUUUAAACUCUAGUCAUCAUAUUUAAAGCAAUCAGUUUCAACCCAGUUGAAUCAACACUUUCGAUAAAGCAACAUUCAUUUUCAAAAUGGUUAGAUUUUGGAAAGAAGACUUUUCCCGGUCUUCUUCUUCCCUUGUCUGAUAGCUACUAAUCCCUAAACCUGCUGGGCAUCCUCCUCUCCCUUUCUAUCAUGCUCGUUCUGGAUUCUUCUAGCCGUUUUCCAAUUUCUCAGGGGUAAAAUCGGAAGAGAAUGAGGUCACCUCAGCCGAUGCUUCUGAACAUCGGCCUCAACACCCCUUCGCCGCGGCCUAGAAUCCAGUCGCCGUUCCAAUCCACCGUCCACGUGCAGAAGCUCCGCCGCGUCAACGUUCUGAUCCUCAUCCUCCGAUUCCUCGCCUUUUGCUUCUCCCUCGCCGCCGCCAUUUUCAUGUUUACGAAUUUUCGGGACUCCGGCUCGAAAUGGCAACACUACGAUGCCUUCAGAUUUGUAGCCUUUGCAAAUGCGAUUGUUGCUGUAUACUCGCUCCUCCAAGUCGGAGCUUCCGUUUGGGAGGUUUCGAGAGGCACCACCGUUUUCACCGAAAUCGUCCAGGUCUGGUUCGACUUCUGCCUCGAUCAGGUUUUCGCUUAUCUAUUACUGUCAAUUGACGCCGCCGGAGCGGCGUUCGCCCGGACGAUGAAGGAUGCGGGGACCUGCGCAGCCGAUAACGCCUUCUGCGUGCAGUCAUACAUCUCGAUCGCUCUGGGAUUUGCCGGGUUCGUAUUUUUGGGUUCGUCUUCCUUGCUUUCGGGUUUCCGGGUUGUCUGUUUCGUAAUCAACGGCUCUCGGUUUCGUCUCUAAAAACGGACGGUUUUCACAUUUCACCCGUUUGUUUGGGCUUUGAUUUGGGUCUGUGGCCUAGAUUUUAUGUAAUUUACUAACUUAUUUCAAUUUUAGUUUAGGCCGGCCCUUUUAGAAUUAAUUUUAUCUAGUCCAGUGUGUGAUUUUUUUAAAAUUUUUUUAAUGAUGUGUUAUUGUUAGUUCUAUUUAAUAUAUUCUUUCCUGACA